UUGCAGCGAAAGCUAAAAACUUCUAUUUCUGAUUUCCUUGUAAGGUCAUACGAAUACGAAGAUCUAAUUCUCGUUCGAUUUUCUGCUCGACUCUCCACUGUUCCGUUGUCAAGGAUUUUUCUUCGAAACUUAUUAAAUGGUUCUUCUGAUCGGAUCUUCUACACAAAUCUUCGCGGAUCUCUAGAAGGGUAAUUCUCUUUUUGUGGUUCAUUUGAAGAUCUUCUUCAUGUUAUUGACGACCAUCAGCUUGGAAAUCACUGAAAAAAUUCAAACUCUAAGUCGGAGCAAUGUUGCCGAAUAGGUUUUCGAUUUUUGGAAGCGGGAGAUCAAACAAUGCCGGCAAUCUCAAGAGCAGACUCGAGCCAACGCUAAAAUUAGAGACGGAUAAGAAUGUGUAUAGACCUGGUGACUCCAUUUUUAUCACUAUUGAGAUCGGCAACCCCAGCAGCAAUAGCGGUGACGAGAAUUUCGCUUCUUCACUUUUGAUUGAAAAGCUCGGCUUUGAAAUUAAAGGGAUUGAAAAGUUGGAUACUCAGUGGUUCGCCACUCAAAAACCAUUGCCUGGAUCGAAGCAUAGGAGAGGUGAACAUGUUUUUAUGGACUGCUCAACACCAUGCGUAGUUGCUAACCACAUUUUGUCCUCGGGUGCCACUAAAACAUAUGUGGUGCGGACUGUCUUGCCUAGCAUUAUACCACCAUCUUACAGGGGUGCUACCAUCCGUUAUCUGUACUAUGUCAAGAGUAUCUUAUCUGGUCAAUGGCUGAUACUGGAGAAUGGCAACUCCGAUCGGGAGUCAAUGGAAGAACUCACUGAACUGGAAGUUCGUGUUCCGCUACAGAUAUGGGUCACUCAGAAAAGCAAUGGCUUGCUUAUGGAAGAGACACAAACUGAUGGGAUUGUUCCUACAACAACCAUCCAGUUGGAUAUAUUUUGGAAAGAAAUGGAUGGAGACUCUGAAUGGACUAGAGCAAAUGAUGUAUAUGAUGGAGUCGAGGAAGGGUAUGAGAGCUCAAGAGAUGAGAUUUCAUCUGUCUCUUCAUAUAAUCCUAAUAGAGAAAGUAUGUACAAAGCCUUUGGAAGUUCGCUAUCCUUGCAAUCAUCUAUGGCGAGGUCUUCAAGUAAGGAUGCUCAAUUUUUUGAAGGAGAGCGUGCAAGUUUAUCUUUGAAUCUCCCCCGUCUAUCAGUGGCUGAGGUGUUAUAUGAUUAUAGUGCAGAUGUCUUGUUGCCUAACAAGUCAACAGCCAUCAUUUCUCCAAGCCAGCAGCAGAAAGUUAGAACGCCCUUUUCUGCAGAUGACUCUACAACAGUAUCCUCUGCUCCCGGGUCAGGAUCCAUGAAACCUGCAGCAUCAGAAGGCUUCAUUCGAGGAAGUUCUUACAAUAUCAGGAUGGAUGAUCAAGUUUUGCUUAGAUUCUCCCCUAAAAAUUCUGAUUCAACGUAUUACUUCAGUGAUAUGAUAGGGGGAACUCUUACAUUUUUUCAUGAAGAAGGAGCUAGGAGAUGCCUUGAGGUUUCGAUAACUCUGGAAACUUCGGAGACUAUAAAUCGGCGCUUUGUUCAUCCUUCUCGGAGAAAUUCCCCAACCAUUACUAAGAUUCAGAGUGAUCAUCAUGAAGUUGUUGCGGAUUUGGUGCAGACAAGCUUUCUUUUUUCCAUUCCCAUGGAUGGGCCAAUGUCUUUUUCCACUCCUCAUGUCUCUGUGCAAUGGGCUUUACGAUUUGAAUUUUUUUCUACUCCGAAGAAUGUUGACUUGACAAGAUAUGAACAUCCUCUUCUGAUAGAAGGCAGGGACAAAAGCGAGUGGAUUCUUCCUCUAACCGUGCAUGCACCUCCACCUGCUACUCCAGCUGUUCGCAACCGAAAUGAGAAGCCUUUUUCUGUGGAACCCUUGUGGGUUCAUAGCUGACAGGAAAGUUGUUAAUCUUGCCAAACUUCGCUUGCCAACUAUGGGCUUUGGUUGUCUUCACCCCCCCCCCCCCCCCCCCCCCCUCCCCCCCUUCACACAAAAUUGUGAUGCUCCAGGUUCUAAUCUAGGUUUUCAAGAACUUGAUUUAAGACAUGAAGUUUAGCAUCCUGGGGCACACAACAGUCAGGUAAGAACUAAGAAACCUUUUGUUGAUGGUAAGGCCCCCAAUUUACCGCAACCUUUUGUGGACUCACCAGUAGGAUAUGGAGACAGGCAGGCGGGUAAAUCGGUAAACUGGAAAACCCUUGUAACAUAAGAGUAGUCGGUUUGAAUAGUCUUACCUAACCGAUUAUGGCUCCUUUGAGCCAAUUUUGUGCAAGCUUAUGAUUUUGAGCUUGUUCUUUUUAACAGUGAGUUUUUAAGUGGAAAAUUCUUUAGGUGACAAAUGGAGCAUCUGUAAAUUUUGCGCU